AUGUCUAUUGGAGAGCCAACCAUGAAGGGUGAUCGUUUGAGGCAAAACAUGGCAGUGACAAAGAAGGCAAAGUUGAAAAAAAGUGACGAGCCUACAAAGACGUCAAAGGUUACCGUAUCCGAGAAAGGUGAGGAAUCUAAGCGCUAUUCGUUAUGGAAUUUCUGGAUAAGCACAUUAUUUUUGAAGUUGUUGUUGAUUCCUGAUUAUUUUAGCACCGACUUUGAUGUUCAUAGAAAUUGGCUGGCAAUCACUAAUAAACUCCCUAUGAGCGAAUGGUAUUACGAGCAUACUAGUCAAUGGACGUUAGAUUAUCCGCCAUUUUUUGCCUAUUUUGAAUGGUUUUUAUCCCAGUUUGUUCCCAAGGUUGUUCGCGAUGAUGGCUGUUUGGACAUCGUAAAGGUGGGGAAAUUUGGUUUACCAACAAUUGUCUUUCAAAGACUCACUGUCAUAAUCAGUGAAAUUCUUCUAUUUGCUGUCCUCCAAAUAUACAUUAAUACAACAAAGCUAAGCGAAAGAUCUCAAAGCUUUGUUGUUGCCUCUAGUAUUGUGUUAUCACCUGGAUUUUUAAUGAUAGAUCACAUACAUUUCCAAUAUAACGGCUUUCUUUUCGCCAUUCUAAUUGGCUCUAUUGUUGCUGCCAAAAAUAAAAAGUAUCUAUGGUGUGCUGUUUUGUAUACCACUUCCAUAUGUUUCAAGCAUAUAUUUUUGUAUUUGGCGCCAUGCUAUUUUGUGUUUUUAUUAAGGGCAUACGUUCUUAAUGUCAACAAUUUCAAGUUUAAAAGCUACAAGGAUUUUCUGUUUUUGAUUAGGUGGGCAAAUCUUUUCAAGCUAGGUAGUAUUGUCAUCGGGAUUUUUACUAUUUGCUUCUUACCAUUUGCUCAUCAAAUGCCACAGGUACUGAGCAGGUUAUUCCCAUUUUCAAGAGGACUAACACACGCAUACUGGGCACCAAAUUUCUGGGCAUUGUAUUCCUUUAUGGACAAGAUACUUACUACAAUAAUGUUGAAAUUACCAUAUGUUCACAUGUUUGCUACAAAGCUAAUCAAGCCGCCUUUAAUACCUAAAGAUAUCAAAGAAAUUAAUGAAAGACUCUUGGCCAACAACGGAAGUAAAGGCUUAGUACAAGAUGUGUUUUUUGUUAUCUUACCCCAGAUUCCGCCCAAACUAACAUUUAUCUUAACUCUAUUUUACCAAAUUUUAGCGGUCCUUCCCAUAUUAUUCGAUCCAUCAUUCAAAAGAUUUAUUGGUUCAUUAACCCUUUGUGGGCUGGCUUCAUAUUUGUUUGGAUGGCACGUGCAUGAAAAAGCUAUAAUGCUAGUUAUUAUCCCAUUUACAUUCCUUGUUGGAUUUGAUCGUCGUCUUUUGGUUCCGUUUAUGCUUGUUGCUUCAGCUGGUUACGUUUCUUUGUACCCGCUUCUUUUCAAAGGGCAAGAUUACUUUAUCAAAAGUUUAUACACUUACGUUUGGUGCAUAAUUUAUUUUGCAGCUUUCAGAAAAACUACCAAAAUUUCCUCGAGUGUGGAAAGGAGGAUAUUUUUCUUGGAUAGAUUAGCAUUAACGUACAUCUUUUCUUUAUUACCAAUGGUAACUGUACUACAGAUUUUAGACGAAGUCAAAUGGAGAUACUCGUUUUUGCAAAAAUUCGAGUUCUUGGGAUUGAUGGCAUACAGUGUUUAUUGUUCAUUGGGCAUAAUCAGCUCAUGGUUUGCCCUAUCGUGGUUAUAUAAUUUUGAUGAAUUACUAUGGCAAUAA